AUGGCAAAUGAGAUGAAAGAUAGGAAGGAGAAUCCUAAUAUUGGUAGAGUUAAUGCUAUAUCUCUCAGAAGUGGGAAUUCAAUUACCUCUGUAGAUCCUGUCACUACUUUUACUUCAAAGGAUGAGGAAGCUAUCAUUAAAGAUUCUCCCCCUACUUCCACAUCAUAUGAUAAGUCUAUUUUAUCAAAACCACAAGUGGCAUUGCAAGAAGAGCAAGAAAAAGAUGAGGAAGGGAAAAAAGUGAGUGAGCAAGUCUUACCUUUUCUUACCGAGGUAGUUAUGGCAGAAAGGAGAAAAAAAGAAGCUGAAAUGUUCAAAGAAGUUUAUGAUAUCUUCAAAAAGGUGGUGAUCAAUGUUCUAUUAGUUGAUCUAGUUGCACAAGUGCCCAAGUAUGUGAAGUUUUUGAAGGAGUUGUGCACCACCAAGAGAAGGCUCAAGCAUAAUGGUAAAGUUGACUUAUGCUCAGUUGUCUCUUCUCUUUAUCAGAUGCCAAUGCCAGUGAAGUACAAAGAUCCUAGUAGCUUUCUCAUAUCUUGCACCAUUGGUGACAUUGAGUUUUUAGAUACUUUAGCAAAUCUAGGAGUGGCUAUUAAUGUCAUGCCAAAAUCAAUUUUUGCUCAACUUCAAGGUGUGGAUCUUAAAUCUAAAAAUCUAACUGCCUCCCUUGUUGACAGAUGCUAUGUAGUUCCAAAAUGA